AUGGGACAGGACCGGGUCAUACUUCCCGGCUUCGGCCAGCCCCUGAAUGAUACUUUACCGACAAUCGAAAAGGAGGAGGGCCCGUACAAAGGUCAACGUCGACGAUUCCCUCAUGCAUUGCGCGACAGCUGCUAUAGUGUGGGCGUCUCUGUGAGGGAGCGUCGAAUGUUGGAUUUUAUUAAUAAGAUUACUGAUAAGCCAGAGUGGGAGAGAAAGGUCUUCGAUGAAGACAUUGUGGGCAACUGGAGGAGUGAAGCGUGUGUACACAGCGAAGAGCUCGAUGAUUACUACCUAUCUACUGCCAUGUUUGACUAUUGUCUCGAAGAGCUUCGCGACAAAGCGGCUUACUUCAAGGACUCUCAGAUGGUGUCUGCGCAUGACAGUGAGACUGCAAUCGUGAAAUCCGAUACAGCAGUUUCAUCAAUCCUGGCUGAGUCGCUCCGCAACAAUGUGCGUGUCUUGGAAGACGUCCCGGAGCAUUUGAAGGAUUGGCAUCCCGGAUCAGAUCAAAAGGUGUUGGAUCUGCUUCACCCGUCACUGUUUCCCUUGAUUCACGGUCGGUCUCGCGCGUUGCCUUAUGGAACUGUGCCGCUGGAUGACUGUGCCCGCUUCACUGGAGAGGGCGAGGUGGUUGUCCCAGAAUUUGAUGGGUACCAUAUUGUCCAGCGUGAGGACAUCUCACUGCCGGAGUGGGGACACUUCCAAUGGCUCCCAUCCAAUGUUGAAUUUAACAAAGAUGGUACCCCAAAGAUUGUCAGUUAUAUCAACAACCUGCACCCUAGGCAGCACAAAGAGCUCUAUGGAACUCUAGAGCUAUUUGUAGCAGCUGCAAUCCCACUUUGGAAUGAGUGCCUUUCCUGGGAUCACACUCGGCUGAGGAUCGAAUUCCAGGGACCAUCAGACAAGGACUUUUAUAUUCCUGAUGGAGUUACCUUCACUCCAGAUGAGGAUGAUGUAGAGUCGCCCGAGCAGGUCCGGCCUUACACAUUCCAAGAGGCCAAUGAACAUAAAGAUAUCAGCGCGACUGAUGCCUUUGAUGAAUGGUUUCGGGAAAACCGAGUUUUCGCUGAGAGAGAACCUGAGCCAUUCCGGUCUCGCCAGCAAUGGGAGGAGAAUGCUGAGCACCGCCCCGUCGACCUGCAAGCGCAGUUUGCUACGCCUGGGAUGCAGGUCAUCUUCAAGCUCGCAAAUAUUCACCUGACCCCGGAGGAGCCAGAGUACGACGGCGGUACGUGGCACAUUGAAGGGGCGAUGAAUGAACAUAUUGUCGCCACAGCUCUAUAUUAUUAUGACGAGGAAAAUAUUACACCUAGUCAUCUCGAGUUUCGGCAAGCUAUGGAUGCGGAGGAUUUCACGUAUCGCCUUCCUCAGUAUGAGUACGCAUCUACGGAAAUCUUCUACGGAAUUGAAAACGAGGAGGCUGCAGUACAAAUACUUGGCAGUGUUCUGACCAAACCUGGUCGACUACUUGCUUUUCCAAAUGUCCUACAGCAUCGGGUUCAGUCAUUCAAACUGGCCGAUGCCACAAAGCCCGGUCAUCGGAAGAUUCUCGCUAUGUUCUUGGUGGAUCCGUAUAUACGAAUACUCUCCACGGCAAAUGUGCCUCCCCAGAGAAAGGAUUGGUGGACAGAAGAAGUUCGAAAGGUACCCCCGUUUCGAAGCUUGCCAUUGGAACUGUUUAAUAUGAUUAUCGACGAAGUCAGAGACUUUCCGCUUAGCUGGGAGGAGGCGGUAGAAGUGAGACAGGCUCUAAUGGAUGAGCGAGGAGCACUAAUUGACUACACCAAUGAUGAGAUAGAAGAGUCAACUUUCAGCUUUUGUGAACAUUAA